UGCUGCCUACUGUGGCUGCUUUAUAAAGAGCUAAAUUUACCAAACUUUACGUUGUUUCCUGAGCUCUCACAAUUGGCCAAGAGUAGUCGGGUUAGAGGGUUAUAAGCUUUGGAGGACCUCCUACCACCACUCAAUCUUGUUCAUGACUUAGAAGCGCAACUGUGGAGAGGCGACAGUAAGAUAGGCGCACAGACUAUAGUGCGACUGCCGCUCAAAACGACGCGACUUUAAAAAGACAUUUUUUUCAUUAUUUCACCAAACGAUGGCCUUAUCCGGAGUGAUGCUACCGUCAUUUUCGACAUUCUCAAACCAAAGAGAAAAAACCUGGGAAAACAGGUGGAAAGGAGAGAUGGACAAAAUAGUCUCCAGCAGCUGCUCCAUGCUUGAAAUGGUACACAACCUGGACAAUCACAGCAAAAAGGACGACGAGGAUCUGAGUAAUUUUUUGGAUCUGGAUUUUAUUCUCGCCAACACAACUUGCUCAGACAGCGCGGCUGUAUAUGUGGGCACAGCUGACUCCAACAUGUACACGACGGAAAACUCUGCUUUCCCUGCAGACGACCACCGCUCCCCGCCACCCCCGUACGGCGCCAACCUCAUGACAGAGCUGCUCCGCUCCGAAGGAACCAACAACUAUGGCAUUACGCGCAACCCCAACAUUCAGGGGAGAUUUUAUGUCAACACGACGCCUUUCCCUCGCGUGGACAACAUCAAAGUGGAGCCAUCCAUGGACAGUUACGGCCCUGUUUUGGGCAUGGUGCCCCAGAGCUGCAGCAAAAUCAAGCAGGAGGGGAACGUUUCAUGCAUGAUGUCCUUCGAGCAGCCACGAGUGGCCAUCUCCCCUCGGGCAGCCAGCAGCAUGACCCCGCCUCUGAGCCCAGAUGACCAGGGGGCUUCGGACUGUCAGGCACCGAUGUGCCAACCCAUGAACUUCCCGCAGAAGUAUCACACCACGGCGGCUUUCCCGCACCAUCCUCAGGCUCCCCAGAUGCAGAUGACCUACCACGCUCCGCAUGGUGCGUUUGGCAUGUACGAUGAAGGUCUCAGCCUGCAACCAGGCGCGCAAAGAGUGAUCCUCACACCGCCCUCAUCUCCCCUCGAGCUGCUCGAGACCAAACCCAAGAGAGGACGGCGCACAUGGCCACGCAAGCGCACAGCGACACACACCUGCACCUUUGCUGGCUGCGGGAAAACCUACACCAAGAGCUCACACCUGAAGGCACAUCUCAGAACUCACACCGGUGAGAAGCCAUACCACUGCAGCUGGGAGGGUUGUGGAUGGAAAUUCGCCCGCUCUGAUGAGCUGACCCGUCAUUUCCGCAAACACACCGGACACAGGCCCUUCCAGUGUCACCUGUGUGAGCGCGCCUUUUCCAGGUCUGACCACCUAGCACUUCACAUGAAGAGACACAUGUGAAGUAGCCCUUAUAAGGACUUGGGGUUCACGGGGGGGUUUCUUGUGAUUCAACUGAUGUAUUUUAUUUAAAUUGUUCUCCACAUGACCAAAGUCUUUUUUUUUUUUUUUUAUAAUAUUGAAAUUAAAAAAUUAUCAUUUUCUAAUAAUGUAGCUGGUACUACUUUGGUUAUAUAAAAGCUUUAGAAAAGCUUUGUUUGCUUUACAGCAGGCAGACCAAGAAGGGGCUGGCCCUGUAUAUACUACUCUUCAUUGACAGAACUGGAAUGCUGUGUUAAACACAAAGUGCCUUUCUAUGACUAUGCUACUGUAAAACUCUAGUGUAUGUUGUUGUCGACAGGAGUGAAAUGCUCAUACAGUUGCCUAUCAUGUGCAAAGACAAUGUUUUAUUUAAACUGCCUCACUGUUUGAAUGGCCUGAACCUUUUUAUUUUUAAUGUGGUCUUAUUUUGGGUGAUAUUGUCUUGUCUUGGUUUUAGCCCCUCUGUACACUAUCAGGGCUUGAUGUCCUGUGCAUUAUUUUCUACUUAAAUUUAUAUAAAUAUGUACAUGGAUUUUAUACUGUAAAAUGUGUAUUUAUUGUAAAUAUUAAAAAAACUCCAAUGAA